CCACGGUAUUCUCAGGGAUCUUCUCCAACUGCAAAUUCAAAGUGCCCGGUGUAGCUGAGAAACAUCCCAAUAUCUUUUUUCCCUUUCAGAUAAUCGGCGCAGAACAAAGAGCAACGAUGGGCAAUCUAGUUUCAAAGGAUUUUAUAAGGAGAGAAUUUGAGGAUUUAAAGAGCGAUUUGAACCAAGGCAAUAUCCCCAAAGUGGCAUCUGAAUACCAAAACCGUUUAAAUGAAAUGCAAAAUCUGCCCCUGAAUAUCGCAGUUACUGGAAAUGCCGGUACUGGGAAAUCCUCCUUUGUCAAUGCCUUCCGAGGAGUCAGGGAUGAUGAUGAAGAGGCAGCCGAGGUAGGGCCAGGAAAAGAAACCAUGGAGCCAAAGGCAUAUCCUCACCCUUCAUUCCCUAAUAUAAAAAUAUGGGACCUUCCAGGGAUCGGAACACUCAAGGUUAAGGCAGCAGAAUAUCUGAAGAAAGUCCAAUUUGAAAGAUAUGAUGUCUUUAUUAUGGUUAUUUCUGACCGUUUUACGGAAAAUGAUGCUCUGCUGGCAAAGGAAAUACAAAGAAUGAGGAAGAAGUUUUACUAUGUGUGUAGCAAAAUAGAUAUCACUAUCAACAAUGAAAUGAAGAAAAAGAAUUUCAAUGUGGAGACCACCUUGGCAUCCAUGAAGCAAUAUUGUGAAAGUCGCUUGAAAGAGGCAGCUGAGGUUUCCUCAAGAGUGUUUCUGGUAUCCAGCCAGGAGGUAUACAUGUAUGACUUCCCUCUCCUGCAAGAGACAAUUGCUGUUGAACUUCCUGACCACAAGAAAGAGAUUUUAACACUAUCUGUACAUAUUUUCUCAGAAAAGGAAUUGAUGAAGAAAAAAGAGCUAAUGAAAUCCUAUAUAAAGAAGAUAGCGCUGAUAUCUUGUGCUUGUGGAAUCGUGCCUGUCCCGGGUAUCUCGAUGGCUUGUGAUGUUGGAAUUUUGAUAAAUGCUCUGAGUCGUUUCUGCAGGGUGUUUGGCUUAGAUGACCGGUCCCUCCGUUUUCUGGCACUUCAGACGGGAAAAGAAUUUGAAGAUCUGAGGUCGGCUAUCAAGAAAACCCCGUUAGCCAACGCAAUCAAUGAAGAAUUGGUAUUUUCUCUCUUGAUGAGGUCAUCCCUCUGGGUCACUGUGUCGCUUGUGGAAAUGGUUCUUGAUAUUAUACCAGUUAUUGGGUCUCUGUUUGGUGGAGCGAGUUCAUACGUUGUCACGUACCAUUUUCUGAACAGCUUUCUUGAAGAUGCCGUGGAAGAUGCCCGAAAUGUCCGUGAAAAAUUUCUUCAGCAACCGGAAUCCCAGGGAGUUUGAUAAAACCUCCCCAUUUCCCUUUUGAAGGAAACAGCCAAGCAUUUCAUCCAAAUGAAGCUGGAUGCAGGAAAAUAAUAAUGAGCCUAUUUUCAUGUUUUUAAGAAUUCUCUGAUUGAAAUAUGUGCUUGAUCACCCUGAGGGCAAAGAUCACCCUUAUCUGCUGGUAUCUCUACGUGAAUUCAGAAAUUAAACAUUUAUUGCUUUGGUGUUGGGUACUUUUCUUUUCCUUUCAUUUUCUUUCUUUUGUUUUUUUCUUUUUUACAAUUUUAAAGAACAAAACAACAGCGAAUUUGAUACGAAACUGCAUAUUUCAUAACCGUUUUU